AUUCACCCAGAAAGAGUCGAACACGGUGGGCAUGAGUCAAGUCAAUGCAUACUUUUCUACGCGGUAGGUGGGCAUCUCAUUGGGUUGGUGGUAUAUGUCCAGCUGAGGUUAGCAAGAAGUGGUUCCUUCUCAGAAGCUUCAUCCCCAUUUCUCUGCUCUCUUCACAACUGCUAGAGGAUCCCUCAAGAGUCCGAUCUUCACGAGAAAUGGCUACUAGCGCUAGCGGAGGUAGAACUGAAGAGAACAAGCCGAGCAUUUUGAGCACAUUACCGAAGCAUCUGCCAUUAGACUUUCUGAAGAGUAUCACCGAUCAGUUCUCAGAGAAGCGUGUAAUUGGUAAAGGCGCUUUUGGAACCGUUUAUGAGGGAACUGUGCCAGAUGGGGAAACCAUUGCUGUCAAGAAACUUGCCGAAAAUUCACCCCUUCCACGAGAUAAAGCAUUUAAUAACGAGGUUCAAAAUAUUAUGGCUCUCCAACAUGAAAAUGUUGUAAAGUUGGUUGGCUACUGUCAUGAAAGUCAAAAGAAAGUGGUGCAGAACAAUGGAAGAUAUAUUGUUGCUGACAUUGUUGAAAGUGUACUCUGCUACGAAUAUUUACCAGGGGGAAGCCUUAAGAAGAAUCUUUUUGGAGAUACCAAAAUGGACUGGGACACACGAUUCAACAUAAUUAAGGGGAUCUGCGAGGGUUUACUCUUUGUACACAGCAUUCCUAUUGUCCAUAUGGAUCUUAAGCCCGAAAAUAUACUGCUGGAUAGUAACAUGGUACCGAAAAUAGCGGAUUUUGGUCUCUCGCGACUCUUCGGUCAAGAACAAACACGGAUGAACACACAAAAUGUUGUGGGGUCAUAUGGAUACAUUGCUCCAGAAUAUCUAUACAGAGGUGAAAUCUCCACAAAGUCAGAUAUAUACAGUUUAGGUGUACUAAUCCUGGAGACCACCACAAGAGAGGAGAAUUGCCGCGGGAACAAACCAUCUGCAGAACAAUUUAUUAAAAAGGUACGUGAUAAUUGGACAGAGCAGCACAUCGUAUCAGUGUACCCAUCAUUAAAAGCAGAU